AUGAGUACGUACAGUGAAGAACCAUCUGGUAUGUACUAUACAUCACUUACACUCGCAAUAUUUAAUGAUAUGAAGUUUUACAAGGCUAACUUCAGCAUGGCAGAGACAAUGAGUUGGGGCAGCAAUGCUGGAUGUGAGUUCCUUACAGGGAAAUGUAUACAAGAGAAUAUCAUUAAAUAUCCCAAUACGUUUUGUACUGAAUCCCGUGCAUCGCUGCAGUGUACAUCUGAUCGUCUUUCUCUUGGAAGGUGCACAUCGAGUAAUUUCCCUCAGGACUAUCCUGAGGAUUAUCGAAACUUUAGGAAUAACACUUUCACCUAUUUGUACGGUGAAUUGACGGAUGGAUGUCCCAUCAUCAGACAGCUUGAAGAAACAACUUGUCAGAGCGGUGAUUUGGAGUUAAUGCCUGGAAGUAUUCUGGGGAAGGAAUCACGAUGUCUACAAGGGGAUGAGCUGAUACAAAAAGAAUCGGCCCAAACUUUCUUGCCAGUUGGUGACAUUUGUGCCAAUGUAAAGUGUGAGGAUGGCAAAGUUAAGGUACAAUAUAAGGGGAGUGAUAAAUGGCAUGAAUGCCCUGAUGGUGGCAAGAUUGAAAGUUUGGAAGGCACAGAGUUCCAAAGUGGAAGCAUCUUGUGCCCCAAGUACGCGGAGGUGUGUACCGAUCUUCCCUCAAUCAGUGAACGCCGCAUUGAAAGUAAUGAAGCUGCAGAUACUGAGAUUCUCCAAGAUUACGUUAUUGGAAGAGAUUUACAUGACAUUAGUGGCGAAGAGAAUAAAACGGCAAAUAAUAGCAGCAGUAAUCACACGGUAGCAGAAAAUAUUACAUGUACGGUGGGGAAUUGCGACCAACAUACAGCUGGGGAAGGUGCUGACAAGAGUAUUGUGACCUCAUAUUUUGGAGCUGUGUUAUUUCUUGUUUGCAUUGCAGCUGUGAUGAUGUAA